GUAGUUAUAGAACACUAGUGGAUUUAUAUUAAGAAGCAAGGUGAAAACAGCAUUGUUGCCAUCAACAUUUCUGCAUGUGCUGCAUUCACCAUGCAGACUGAACACAAGUGCCUCGUCGAGGAACAAGAAAUGUGUUCCUUGAGUGACGGGGUGGUGAUAGAUCUGUGUGGAAAGCAGCAUGUAGAGAGAGAGCGGAGUGUGACGACUCAAGCAGCGAAGUAAACUAUGAAGGUGACGUUACACACGGCAUAUCACAUUUAACAAACAAAACAAUCAAAUACGUUAUAGAAGGCAAAGUAAAAAAAAUGAAUGGCUCUGUGCAUCAAUACCAGUAUAUUGUAAAAUACAGUAUACCGCCCAGCCCUACCUUCACCCCACCCAGUCACCCAGUCUCUCUCAACCCCAUUCCCGACCCUCCUGGUCAUAGGGAGGGCCCUCUCUCUGAAUCACCCUCAUUUUGACAUUUGUCCCUGUAAAUCCCCAAACAACGCUUUGGAUACACAACUAAGACUUUGAGGGAACGCUAAGGAAGUUCGAGUAAGUAACAUUAUCACAGAGGGAGCAUGGUCACUGUGCAGGCAUCUGAUGUCCUCUACAUUCAACAUCUACAACAUGAUUAAUAAGUAAAGGACAAACUACACCAGGAACUUGAUAGUGUACUGAUAACGCUAGAAUAAUGCCUUGGAAAUGUUGUGCUAAUGAAGCAGGGUACCUGAGCCAAGGUAUAGUGUGUUUCAUCGUUAAUUCCCUGAGGAACAGCGACUACCCAGAGAACACCUUCUGUGUGUGUCUGCUAGUUUUUCUAUAUACACCCACGCACGCACACACCAGCAUUUACCUCAGUAUGAGUAGUCACACAGACCUGGCCUAGAAAACUCCAUUACCCAGCAGCCUCUAGUGAGGAGGGAGCUCUGGCUUGAGUGUUAGUGAAUUGUCAGUGAAGCAGCUCUCACACAUGGUGUAAUUUACAGUACUAAUUGUUUGGAUCAAUACCGCUGAGCAGUGGCAGCCGUAGGAGACCAUAUGUUCUUUGUGUGUGCAUAUUGCAGAGACCAUAUGUCCUUUGUGUGUGUGCAUAUUUCAGUGUGUACUUUUAGUUACACUGUAUGGCUUAGGAUCAAGUGUAUGGCUUAGGGACAAUAGCAGAGUGUGUGUGCCCUUGUUACAAGAGCCAUUUGCCUUUUAAGUAAUAAAGGAUGUGAGGAGACGUGCAAUGGUGUGUUUCGUAAACGCAUACGUGCACAUACAAACACACAGUUCUCUGUUAAAUAUUGCAGGCAGAGGGAAGAGCGCUGAGAAGAGCCACGCUUCAUUUGUGGCUGAAAUAUUUAUUUCUCCGCAGCGGAGCGAUAGAGGGAGGGGACUGGAAGAUGGAAAGCGAGAAGGAGAAAGGGAGGGGGAAAGAAUGAGGGUGGCUACAGGAGUGAAAUGAUGCUGGCUCCGAUUCUGCUGUUACUAAGGAACAGAGAGAGGGUGCGGUGUUGGAGAAGGGGAGCUGGCUGGUGACUGAGCUCUCGCCGUGGGGGUGUGUUGAUCUGCGAGUGUGUGUUUUUCCGCCGCGUAAAGAUGUUGUCUUCAGCGAUGCAGGGAUGAUCAGGACACAGAGACCGCAGGGUGGCAGGUGAGUACCCUAACGAUAAAGAAACCGGAAUGAAUAGAUUAGUGGGUGAGAAAAAGAGGGGGGAAGAGAGGAGGGGGACAUGUUGAGCGAGGUAUGAGAGGUAGCCACUUGGGUUAGACGGAGAGAAAUAAAAAGGGAUAGAAUAACUGCAGGAGAAGGAGAGAAAGGGCUGUUAUAGUGUUGUUUUUCCUGGAGUGUUGCGUUUCCCUGUUGUUGACUGAGGGUCCCUUUAUGGUAUGAUUCUCUCCUUUUCCAUCUGUCUUUGUUAAGGGUUAACCCAUAUCUAGUAAUCCCAGUCCAUAUGUUGUCGUGCUGAUGAAUUGAUCUCAACCUUAUUCUGAUGCAUUGGUUUUUUUUUCAGAUUCAUGUUUGUGUUGGUAGGAAAUACAGCCCUGAACCUCCCAGAGCUGUGUGAUGUUGAGCAGACCGGUUCUGGCACUUGACGCAUGCCGGUCCAGAGACCCAGUGCUUUGCUCAGCCCUGCGGUCAUGUUCGGAACAAGAAAGACCUGGGACCUUGGCCACGCCCCCUGUCUGCAGGAGCUCUGGAAGAAAGACGUCUCAUUGGAUGCGAGCUCAGUGGACUUCUUGAUGAGUGAUGGUGAGGAGGACUGCUCCUUCCUGUCUUUACCCACAGCCGCUUUCCCACAACGUACCGCUCUGACCACUACUGACCAAUUAGAAACCAGCCAGCACAAUCACAACCAACAGCUACUCAUACAGAAGGUCACCUGGUCCUGUGCCUGGACAUCUGCCUAUACACUGCAGGAGAAAGUGUGUGAGUUCCAGGCGCGUCUGCGACGCGAGGAAGCUUCCCGGUGUCUGCAGCUGCAGAGACCGCAGCAGAGUCACGAACAGAGUCUUCAGGAGAAGACUAACGUCAUACACACUCUACAGGAGGAGCUGCACACAGCACUGCCCAACGGUGUGAGGGCAGUGCAGAGGCUGGCUGAGCCACAGGAGCACAGCAACUGUCUCAUUCAGGAAGGAGAGCAGCUCAUCGCAGCGCUGCGCACACAGGUGGGGGAGCUGGAGGAGAAGCUGCUAGACCAGACCCAGGAGGUGGAGAGGCUGCGCUCGGGGGUGGGGGCGACCGACCUGGAGAAGCACCUGGAGCUGCUGGUGGUCGAGAACGAGCGGCUGAAGCAGGAGCUGAAGGCAUGCAAGACCUCACUGCUCCAGGAGGCUCCUCCACCGGCCUGCACAGCCACUGACUGCCCCCACAGCCAGGAUGUGGAGUCUCUGCGUGAGGAGGUGUCUCGCUGGGAGAGCCAGACCAGACCGAGGCAGAGGAGGCUGGCUGAGUUGGAGCAGCAGGUCCUGGAGAAGGCCAGCCGGGUGGAGACGCUCAGCCGACAGCUGGAGGAGUCCAAGCGCCACGCGGGGGAGAUGCAGAGGCAACUAGAGGAGUCUAAGUGUCAGCAGGGGGAGGUGGAGCAGCAGCUGAGCGUCCGGCUCAGAGACUGUGAGGAGGAGCUGGCCAGACAGGCCGCCCGGCCCCAUCAGGUUAAGUAUGUGACUGAGAUAGUGGAGGUGGAGUCGUCAGGGUCUCAGCAGGCGGUAGCCGAGGCCCAGGCCAAGAGCGCCGCCCUGCAGGAGCAGCUAUCACUGCAGAGACAGCUGCUCCGAGAGCUGGAGACACAGCUGCAUGAGUCCCAGAGGACCAGCACCCAGCUCCGAGCUCAGCUGCGUGCGGACCGCGGCCGUAUCUGCGGCCUGCUCUCCAAGGCCGUCGGAAGGGGCAAUGGCGAGGUCAUUUGCAGGUUGUCUAAGAUCCUGGUGUACGAGGGGGAGAUGGAGCGGGCCCAGGGCCAGCUGGAGGCUGAAAUGCAGAACCUGGAGGAAGAGAAGAACAGGGUGAUCGAGGAGGCCUUCAUCAGGGCCGAAAGUGAGAUGAAGGCCGUGCAUGAGAACCUGGCAGGUGUGCGUAUGAACCUUUUGACGCUUCAGCCAGCCCUGCGUACUCUCACCUGUGACUACAACUGUCUGAAGAGACAGGUUCAGGACUUCCCCUUCAUGCUGGAGAAGGCCAUGGCCGAGGCCAAGCAGGAGAUCUGCCAGGUGAUAGGCGAGGUGAGCAGUACCAACCAAGAGCUGCUGAGGAAGUACAAGAGAGAGAUGAACCUGAGGAAGAAAUGCCACAACGAGCUGGUGCGCCUCAAAGGUAACAUCAGGGUGUUCUGUCGGGUGCGGCCGGUGUGCCGGGGGGAGCAUGAUUCUGCCGAAAACAUGGUCAGCUUUGACCCAGAUGACGACGCCCUUCUCUACCUCUCCAACAAGGGCAAACUGAUGACCUUUGAACUGGACAAGGUGUUCCACCCUCAGGCCACGCAGGAAGGGGUGUUCCAGGAGGUCCAGUCCCUGGUGACAUCCUGUAUUGAUGGCUUUAACGUGUGCAUCUUCGCCUAUGGACAGACGGGCUCAGGAAAGACCUACACCAUGGAGGGUGUGGCCAAGGACCCGGGCAUUAACCAGAGGGCUCUCAGACUGCUGUUCUCUGAGGUGACUGAGAAAGCACCCGACUGGGACUUCAAGAUCACUGUUAGCAUGGUGGAGAUCUACAACGAAACCCUACGGAACCUUUUGGGGGACAACCAGGGUGAGAAGCUGGACAUCAAGAUGAACCCAGAUGGUAGCGGUCAGCUCUAUGUGCCGGGCCUCACGGAGUUCACUGUCCAGAGCCCUGAGGAUAUCAACAGGGUGUUUGAGCUGGGUCACAUGAACAGGGCCACAGCCUGCACCAAUCUGAACGAACACAGCUCCCGCUCUCACGCCCUCCUCAUCAUCACCGUAGCAGGCGUCAACUCCUCCACCGGGCACCGCACGCAAGGUAAGCUGAACCUGGUUGACCUGGCUGGCUCAGAGCGGAUUGCUAAGUCCGGGGCAGAGGGCAGCCGCCUGCGAGAGGCCCAGUGCAUCAACAAGUCCCUGUCUGCCCUGGGUGACGUCAUCAAUGCGCUGCGGAGCCGACACUCCCACGUGCCCUUCAGGAACUCCCGGCUCACCUACCUGCUGUCUGACUCACUGAGCGGGGACAGCAAGACCCUGAUGAUGGUGCAGGUGUCUCCCCUGGUCUGUAACAUGAGUGAGUCGGUGUGCUCUCUGAAGUUUGCCCAACGGGUUCGGACCAUCGAGCUGGGCAACGCCACCAGGAGACAAUGGGAGAACUCCUCCACCACCUCCUCGCCCACCCACGACAGCGUGGAGCUGGACUCUCCCCCGGUGACUCCCGUGCCCCUCCCUAUCUCCCGGGCCAGCAGUGCCGGCUCCACCCUCUCCGCCUCCUCCAAAACCCCCACCACACGACGGAGGUCUCAAUCCCAGCUCUCUACAGGACGAUUGAAACUGUCUGAAGGCUCCAAUGGAUCCAGAAUGAACCCGGACCCAGUCAGCCAUUGGGCCUUCUGAACAGGAGGGUGUUAAACCAGCACCUUGACCCACCAAUAGGUUGUUCCCAAAGCAGAGAGUUUCUAUCUCCUUCUGCUGAUCUCACUCAGCCAAUGGGUGAGAGAAACUGGACUAGACAGAUUAUCAGAUUGAGAGAAUGGUGACAUUUAAUUUAUUGAGCUGUUUGAACAGCAGAGGGAUGAAGAGGGGGAUACGAACUUUGACCCUCAUGUAAGGCCCAUACCAAGACGCUGUCCCGAUGCUCUAAAAUGGCCUCCAAGUCUCCAUUUCUUCAUUACCACUGAUAGCUGAAAGGAAUGGAUAGGUGUUUAUUUUAGCCAGGACUGUUGUACAGCCCCCCCCCCAUAUCUUAACUACGUGUCCUCGUUUAUACCCCUCAAGGAACACAACACACAGGACACACCUGUCUGUCUUCCACAGCUGACUAGGGGCCAAAGGGGAGGAGCACCUGAGAGUAACACAGGCCCCUGUCCUAAAAACAACUCUCAUAAAGAAACCCUAUACUCCUCACAGCCCAGAACAACUUGACCCUUCAACUGGGCCUGUGAUCUAUUCUCCCAUUGGCCAAUGUACUUCCUCUCCCCACCCCUCACAAUAACGCCACACCCUUAGUGCUAACCACUCCCUUCGUCCCCUCAUCCAUUAACAGUAUAGCUCUUCCAAUCACAGUAUUUCUGGGUAAAAAUGCACUUUAAACGAGGCUGAUAUCUUCUUGAUGUGUUUUAUAACAAUGCUCCAGUUACGGAUUAUGAUAAUAUGCAUAUACAGUAUAUAUCUGUGCGUUUGAGAUUUUUUUUUAUCCCUUUAGACUCCAUUGUUUUUUUGGGGGGGGUUACAAGGGUUCCAUCCUGGUCUCCUUCCACACUUUCUCCCCCUCAUCCAAUCAGGGUACUCUACAGAUAUGGAGCUGGGCUUCUUUUGCCCUGUAGGUCGCAAGCAAUAAGAGACGUGAGUGCAGAGAGCGUUUAACUUCCUGUGUAGCCGUUCGUGUUUUAGAUUAGAUUUCUCCAGGGCAAUAAAGAGCCGCCUCAGCACUGCAUGGAAACGUUCAUGUUGUCGUGUUUCUUGUACCGAGUGAAUAAAGCUAGACGAUUCAAACUCCCUGCCAGACAGGAUAUGCCAUUCCUGUUAUUGGAUGCUGCCGGUUGAAGUUGCCCAGAGGCACAGAUCUAGGAUAAGUUUAUUCUACCCAAAUUCUAAGGUCAUCAACACAAAACUGACCCUAGAUCCACAUCCAGGACAGCUUUAUCCUACUCCCUAUGGCUGACCACAAGCAACCAAUGACAACGGAACAGACACUACUGCCCCUGAGGGAGUGAUUAAGCUUGUGAACUGUGUUUGAAAAUGCAUUGUGUAAAUAGGAAUGCUUUGUACAUUUUGAUCGGCUGAUCGAUCAAUACAUAUCAGCUAAUCGACCGUGUGUCUUCAAUAUUAAACCAAUGUUCCCUCCAAUACCAGGAUGUCCGAGGAACAUUGAGGACACGCUGCAUCGUGUUGGUUGUUGAUGGGCAUCUACUUGCUUUUGUCUUUGUUGUUGUAGAAACCUACUGCGGCAGUCUUGUUUUUGUACACCCUUUUUUUAAUAAACACUCAAUACGAAAUGAAA